CCCCGGGGGGGGAAGGAAUAGGAAAGAGAAAGGGGUGAAGGGGAUGGCCGGGAGAUCCGACAGCAAGACCGCGCGGGAGAUCCUCUGUGACGCCCUCGCCGGCGCCUCCGCAGGGGCGAUCGCGGCGACCUUCGUCUGCCCGCUGGACGUGAUCAAGACGCGGCUUCAGGUCCACGGCCUGCCUGAGAUGUCCCCCUCCUCUUCCCGCCGCAAUAUCAUUGUUUCAAGCUUAAAACAGAUACUAAGGAAUGAAGGCAUAAGUGGGUUGUAUCGUGGUCUCACUCCAACUGUUACAGCACUACUUCCAAAUUGGGCUGUGUAUUUUACAGUUUAUAAUCAGCUGAAAAGCCUACUUCAUGUGGAUAAGAGUAAUGAGCUACCAUUAGGCGCAAAUAUGCUUGCUGCCUCAGGUGCGGGAGCUGCAACAGCUAUUACGACCAAUCCAUUAUGGGUUGUUAAAACUAGACUUCAAACUCAAGGAAUGAGACCAGAAGUGGUGCCAUAUAAGAGCAUGCUAUCUGCUUUAAGAAGGAUUGCACUUGAAGAGGGCAGGCGUGGUCUAUACAGGUCAGCAUUCUUUAUUAUGCAUAGGCAAUACAAUAUACUACUCAUAUUACUUCUCAACCUUGUAGCAUCUUAUCUUGUAUGUUUAUGUGUGCCAUAUUACUCGGUACGUAGUGGCCUUCUUCCUUCUUUAGCAGGGGUUAGCCAUGUUGCUAUCCAGUUUCCAGCAUAUGAACAGAUAAAGUCUUACUUGGCAAGACGAGAUAAUACUACAGUGGAUAAGCUUAAUCCAGGAAAUGUAGCUACUGCUUCUUCAUUAUCUAAAAUAAUUGCCUCCACAUUGACAUAUCCGCAUGAGGUCAUACGGGCCAGGCUGCAAGAACAAGGCCAUUCACACAAUAAUACUAAUAAAUAUGUUGGUGUAAUGGAUUGCAUUAGAAAGGUGUACCAGAAAGAAGGCAUUCCUGGCUUUUACCGUGGCUAUGCCACAAACUUGCUCAGAACUACCCCUGCUGCUGUUAUUACAUUUACAAGUUAUGAGAUGAUUCAUCGACGUCUGCUGCAAAUUAUUCCGACCUGACCAGAAGCACACAAAAUAAGUCAGCAAAACAUCCACUAGUCAGAUUGGAUUUACAAAAGGGAGAAGAGGCAUCGAGGAAAGAGAUUGUAAUCAUUCAUUUGAAACGAAUUCAAGUAGCAUUCAAACCAGCGGCUUUGGUCGUGUCGGAUAAAUUCAAUUAUCUGACCAUUGCAGGUACACAAAGUAGCUCAUGGAGUAAUAAAAAAGGCUUUCUGUAUCCCAGAAACAUGUGAUUAUUUUGGCUUACCUUUUCAUCGAGCAUAGGCAUCUCGAGCUUGAAAGCAUGUUUUGAACUUUCUUUCUUUCUCGGUCGUAGGUUGACAAACAUGUUGUAUAUCCUUGCAUAUGCCACAGUCAGCACGCUUCCGCAGGCGCGUGGUAACUGCUCCAUACAUUGUUUUGCCUUUUGUGAUGCAGAUGACAUUCUUUACCUAGGAUGGGGUUUGUUUAUGCAUUACAUUGGUCAAAUCAGGCUUUCCAAGCAUUGUAGAAUGCCGACACCUGAGAAGAAUAAUUCAGACAAAUGCCCUUUCUUC